AUGCCUUUCAGUCAGGCAGAAAUAGCAGAAGAGCAGACGCACUUCGCUAAUGUCAUACAAACGUUCAAGCACUAUGCCGCAUACUCGUUGUCGGCGAACAACCGCCGCAGGAAGGACUUCUUUACCCUACCACGGGCGGACCAAGAGCUACUAAGUAGCCUUGGAUACAAAGAAAAUAUUGCGAAGGCUGACAGAGCCAUCAUGGCGAACGCGGACUUUCUUAAUCAAAUAGUGGCAGAUCCUGAGAUUUUCGGACAUGACUUGGACUCGGAGGACGUAGGAUACUCUGAAGAAAUCCACACGAUCCUCUCAUUCGCAUCUCAUGAUCAUAUCCACGGAUCUCACUCGCACUCACACUCGCAUUCGCAUGACGAGCCCAGAGCCUCGCAGGGACAUGGUGGACCAGGAAAACAGAAGCGACAUCGCCCGACUGAUUUUGACAUCGACAAGCUGAGAAGUACUCUCAAACAGUUCGUCCGCGACUGGAGUGAAGAGGUUGCGCGAGUGUGCUAUGCCCCGAUGAGGGAGGCGUUGUUGCAGCACUUCUCCGACAUUCCGCCUGAGGAGAGGCAUAACUUCAGGGUACUUGUCCCAGGCGCUGGUCUGGGACGGUUAUCUUGGGACGUCGCAAAUCUAGGCUUUGCGUGUCAGGGCAACGAAUUCUCUCAUUACAUGCUGCUGCCUCAUUCUUCAUCCUCAACCGGUGCCACCGACUCGAUUGACCAGCACACGAUCUAUCCCUACGUCCAUUCCUUCUCCAACCUACCAAACAGCGCCGCGAUGCUCCGGCCGAUCAGCAUCCCCGACGUCAUGCCAUCCUCCCUUCCGCAAGGAAGCAGCUUCUCACUCGUUGCCGGCGACUUCGAGGAGAUAUAUGGGGCGGAUGACAACCAAGACGAGCCACAAGGUGGGAAAUGGGACGCGAUCCUGACCUGUUUCUUCAUCGACACCGUACGCCAAGAACAUCGUGAACUACCUCCGCAUCAUCCACCGAUACUCGCUCCUGGGGGCGUCUGGAUCAACCUAGGCCCGCUCCUGUGGCACUUCGAGAACAACUCGACCAACGACCCCUCGAUCGAGCUCAACCUCGAGGAAGUGAAGGCCCUGGUGCGCAAGAUCGGCUUCGAAAUCUCGAACGAACGCACCAUCGACACGACGUACACCAACAACGCGCAAAGCAUGCUUGGAUAUGUAUACCACGCUGCAUUCUGGACCGCAACAAAGAGAAUUUAG